AAUUAAUUUUACCGAUGAUAGCAAUACGUUAGCCAAGGUAGUAUUUAAAUAGCUAUUUAGGGAAAUAAACAAGUAUAAUAACUAAUACGAUAACGUCUGCCUAAGCUAAACACCAUGAACUGGCCAUUGCUGAUAUGCUUAUUAUUACGGAUUGCACCUAUUUACUCCCAUAAUUAUGAUUUCAAACUAAUUUAUCAAUGGAGAUUUCUAGAAUUCAAGUUUGCAAAUGAAGAAGAGCGAACUGAAUCUAUCAAAAAUGGUAGCUUUAAAAUCAAUCAAGUUCGACCCAUAGAUGCGCAGUACACUUACAAUGAAAAAUCUGGUAAAGAAAAGAUUUUUAUUUCAAUACCCCGUCUAUUGCCUACGGGAACUCCAGCUUCCUUGACAGUGAUUACUAACGAAACACGCAAUGGUAGUCCGGUAAUUGAUCCCUAUCCAUCAUGGUCUUGGCAUCUUAAUUUGGAAAUGUGUAGCUAUUAUCGGAUUGUGUCUGCGUUCAGGUUGUGGGCUGACGAAUGUGGAAGACUUUGGAUAAUGGACACCGGAAAACAGGGUGAUAAUUUCCUAUGUCCACCUCAACUAUUAGCUUUUGAUCUGGAAACGGAUUCCUUGCUGUAUAAAUAUGAGUUGACUUCCGACCAAUACCAAAAUACUUCAGUUUAUGUGAUACCAAUGGCCGAAGUGGAAAGUAUGGAGGAUAAUUGUAAAAAAACUUGGCUGUAUAUGGCGGACCCUCUUGGUGGGCCGAACCUGCUCGUGUACAAUUUGGAACGGAACGUUUCCUGGACUAUUCAGGAUGAGAGUUUCAAAGCAGAUCCUAAAUAUUUUAAUCUUACAAUAGCUGGUGAUACAGUGCAAGUCUUUGAUGGUAUACUCUCGUUGAUUCUUAGCCCCAAAAGCGAUCCUCCACAAGAAAGAAAAUUAUUUUACCAUUCAUUCGCAAGCAUAAAAGAAUCUUUUGUGUAUGUGAAUUAUCUGAAAAAUCCUGAUAAUUUUAAGAAACCGUAUGGAUCCCCUCAGUUGUUUUAUACUUAUCCAACAACAAGAGAUCAGCAGAUUUCAGUAGAUGCAAUCGAUUCUAAAGGAAUGAUUUAUUUCGCAUUACUAACUGACAUACUGAUCGUGAAAUGGGAUCCAAACACCCCAUAUAAGAGAGAAAAUUUUCAUGUGAUCGCCGAUAAUAAUGAGACUAUGCAGGAUCCUACUGGGCUUAAGAUCCCACCAUUUAAAGUCAAUGGCAAGGAGACGAUAUGGGUAUUCUGCACAGAAUUCCACAGAUCCAAAAGGCCGCUGGCCGAAAAAGAAGUCAAUUUUAGACUGUUCCGAGCAGAUUUUUAAUUUUUUUCUAUAGAAAAAAUAAACGCAAUUUUUCAAGAA